GACAAGCAUCCUGUGGUUGUACUUUGGCUUACGUGGAAUCAGUUUGCUUCGGUGGCAGGACCUGGUUGGUUGACGCCAACACAACUCUAAACUACACGGUUUAGAAAAAAGCCUUCGGCUUCUUCCAUGUCAACACAAGCAGAAAUUUUACAGAAUUUUGCAGAAGCAGACCGCCAUGACAGCUCGGAAAAGAGCUUCAGCGACGGCGACAACAACAGCGGCCGCUGCAGACUCGAGGCCAGCUCAAGCAGACCAUAAAUCCCCGGAAAGCACCUCUUCUGAUCUGCCGAUCGUGCCUCCAAAAUGGGGAGUAAUCGUGAAGCUUUCUCUUUUAUUCCCAAUCCCAUACUUUUUACCUCCUCUUCUACCAUUACAAGAUCGAACAAGAGUUGAAGAGAUCGAUCCUUAUCAAUGCUGGACUCAGUCUUGCCGGCUUCUUUGUUACUCUCAAGAUGAUACCUGUGGCUUCUAGAUAUGUUCUGAGGCGCAGCUUGUUUGGUACGAUAUCAACAAGAAGGGUACCCCUCAAGGAACUGUUAAAGUAUGAUUCCAAUUUCUUUUCAUCCUUUGUUUCAUAUAGGUUUUGAUUCAUUUGGGGAACUGGGUGUAUGUUAGUUUUGCAAUUCCAUUUCGAUUAAUAAACUGGGUAUGGGUUUUGAUUCCAAUUCAUGAAAUGGGUUCUUGUUUAGGAUUCAUUUUCUCAUCAAAUUCGUUGGCUUUUAAAGAGUCAUUAGUCUUACUCUGAUCAUUAGUGCUAACUAUGCAUUCCUUGGAUUCUCAGUUGCCGCCUGCAUUGUUCAAUCAAAGAAAUGUCUCAGCUUUCUUAUUUUACUUUCUGUUUCUUAAAUUUCAAUAUCACUAUCACAUGAAUUAAUAAAAUUUCCUACCCUGU